AUGGUAGACAUGGCGCAAAGCGCAGAAGAGAAGAAGAUUGCGGAGGAGGCUAACAGCGACGAUGAUGUGCUCGCGCAGCUGGGAUAUACCCAAGAGCUUAAGCGCAGCUUUGGUCUACUCGGGAUGGUCGGCUUCUCGUUCAGUAUUGUGACUUCAUGGACCGCACUCUCCGGUGUACUCAUCAUUGGUGUUGAAUCGGGUGGGCCGCCAGUCAUGAUUUGGGGCUGGCUGUGUGUCUGCCUUGUGACACUUGCUGUUGCGUACUCAAUGGCUGAGAUGUGUAGCGCGUACCCUGUUGCAGGUGGGCAGUACUCUUGGGUGGCUAUUCUGGCACCGACACGCUGGGCUCGCUCGAUGAGUUAUCUCUGUGGAUGGUUCAUGCUGAUUGGAAUCAUAUGCAUGGGCGCAGUCAACAACUUCGUCGCUACGAACUUCAUUCUCGGUACCGCCCAGCUCAAUUAUGGCUUCACGAUAGAGCGAUGGCACACAGUACUCAUCGCCUAUCUCAUUACAUUCAUCGCAGCGGCAUCUAACAUCUACCUGCCACACAUCCUUAACAAGCUUUCGAAAGCGAUCUUCAUCUGGAAUCUCACUUCCUUCGUCGUCUGUCUCAUCACCAUUCUGGUCACCAACGAUCACAAACAAUCGGCGAGCUACGUAUUCAGCGACUUCGAGAAUUUCACCGGAUGGAACGCGCCAUAUGCUACAUGCCUGGGGCUACUUCAAUCAGCGUUCGGAAUGUGCUGUUAUGACGCACCUUCACACAUGACCGAAGAGAUCAAGAAUGCCCGGAAACAAGCUCCCCGCGCGAUAGUCAUGUCGGUUUACAUUGGCUUCUUCACCGGAUUCGUCUGGCUAGUCGCAUUGUGCUUUUGCAUUGGCGAUCUCGAGGAGACGGGUGCUACCGCGACAGGAGUACCUGUCAUUGCCAUCAUAUUCAAUAGCACGAACAGUGUGGCCGGAACAUCUACAUUAGCAUCUAUGAUCGCUAUCAUUGCCACAGUAUGCGCCAACUCGCUCAUGGCAGAGGGAUCAAGAGCUGUAUACGCGUUUGCAAGAGACAACGGGCUUCCUUUCUCGCACGUACUAAGCAAGAUUUCGACAAGAUCGGUGCCGGUAUACGCUAUUAUGUUGACAGCCGUCGUACAAAUGGCUUUCAACUCCAUCUACUUUGGCACAACGACUGGCUUCAAUACCAUCAUCGCCAUCGCUACACAAGGUUUCUACCUUUCGUAUUUAAUGCCUCUACUGUCCCGCAUUCUCGCCCACUUCUCCGGCAAGAAGACUCGAUUGGAAGGCCCGUACUCACUCGGUCGCUGGGGCAUUGCUCUCAACAUUAUCGGUUUUCUGUAUCUGGGAUUCAUCUGUGUCGUAUCCAACCUACCUAGUGUCACGCCCGUGACGAGCGAGAACAUGAACUACACUUCUGCGGCGACAGGAGUGGUUAUGUUCAUCAGCUUGAUCUUUUGGAUUAUGACGGGAAGGAAGAAGUUCACUGGGCCUGAUGAUGGGAAUCUAUUGGAUGUUGGGAGACAUGUCGCGUAG